AUGGAUUCGACGAGUCCCCCAGCUGAACAAAAAAACCUGCCUCCGGUUAAAUCAUAUCAGCCUCCACUUCCCUAUCCAGCUCGAGCUAGACAAGAAAAAAAUGAAGUAGACUACCAGAAGUUUCUAGAACACAUAAAAGCUCUUCAGAUCAACAUGCCAUUCAUAGAAGUGGUUGCACAAAUGCCAAAAUAUGCAAAAUUCCUCAAAGAGCUGCUAACCAAUAGGAAAAAGAUGGAAGAAGUAAAGAAGUUGGUCCUAAACGAAAACUGCUCAGCUACUAUGUUGAACAAACUCCCUAAGAAGAAAGGUGAUCCGGGAAGCUUGGCAUUGCCCUGCCAAUUUGGAAACUUAGCUACCAUUUAUGCAUUGGCUGACUCGGGGGCAUGUGUAAACCUCAUGCCUUACUCAUUUUUCAAAAAGUUAGACCUUCCAGAGCCAAGGCCCAUUCGUAUGGCAAUUCACCUAGCAAACAAGACGGUUACAUUCCCUAGGGGAAUAUGUGAAGAUCUCUUGGUGAAAGUGGAUAAGUUCGUGUUCCCCGUGGACUUUAUAGUUUUACACAUGGAAGUGGAUCCCCAAGUUCCGAUCAUACUCAGAAGACCUUUUCUCAAUACAGCAAGUGCUAUCGUCGACAUGCGAGAUUCUAAACUUACCCUUCGGGUAGGAGACGAAUCAAUCACUUUUGGAGUUGAUCAAGCCAUGAAAUAUGCAAGGAGUAGUGAUGACACGGCAUUUUCGAUUGACAUGUUUGAAGAAUUAUUAGAAGAUUGGAAUGAAGAUGAGCCAAAUAAGUACACUGUCACAUUUGAAGAAGAAUUUGAUGCUGACGGGACCUGCUGGAAAUAG